UUUGUUGUUUCGCUGGAAUAGACUCUAUCGCAUUGACCAGCCGCCACAGAAAUAAUUGAACCGCGAUUCGAGACGGUUGUGCUUUUGAAUCUUUUGCCUGAUUUUUCUUGUGAGCGCCUGGCUUUUUUUAUUUUCAAGCACCUUAUAGACUCUCUCCCUUUAACCUCAAGAGUGUAAAUGUGAAGAAUAUUUAUUAUUCUUCUUAAUUUCUUGUGGGGCUACCUGUGCCUUUUGUAAACACACAAUUCUUGAUAUUUAUUUACCUUGCAAACUAAAGUAAAAAAAAAACAUACACCUUCACCACAUCAUUUAAUACCAAAAAAUCCGAGGAUAAAAGAGACAUAGUGGUACAAGAGACAAGCAAUAAAAUCACAUCAUACAAUCGCGAUAUUUCAUCCCAGUGUUUCUUUCACAAUAAUAUAAAAUAUAACCUCAAGAAAUCACCCUAAAUCAAUCAAAAUCCUCAACAAGUGCCGAAAAACUUCAGUGGUCAUUUCAUUUCUUAUUCUUUUUUUUUAACAAACGGAAUACAAAUACCACACAGUGAUUCAUCGUUAACGCAAUAUAACUUACUUAAUAAGAAAGUUGAUAGAAAAGUUUACUAUUAAAAAGAAAACAGAAAACAUAAAAUACACCCAGUUUAAUAAAUCACCGUGCUCCCAAAACACCCACAUUUUGCCGGAUAUUUCAGCUAAAAGAAGCUGAAAAAACACUAUCCAGCAAAUUUCGUACAAUACCGAAAGUGUUUCUAAUGCUGAAUGCAACGAGCAUUGAGCAAAAUUCCUAAUCACACACAAAAAAAAAACAUAAAAGAACUCCAUAAUUGAAAUAAAAGAAACUUUUAAAAUAUUGUGCAAACGUGAAUUUAGUUUUGUGGUGUAAGUUCUUAAAUCAAGUUAAUAAAAAAAAAAAUCAUUAAUCUCGUUCAAGUGUCAAAAGCUAAUACCCUUUAAUGGUAUGUUUGGCAAAAAGAAAAAUCAGUGGAAUUGUUUUGCGAAUCAAGAUAAAUUUCACGAGUUGAAAUGAUGAAAAAAGAGAAUUUAAUUAAUUAGUGUUGAGAGUUGUUUUUUUCAUCAUCCCAUUUUAUUUUUCUCGUCUAUAAAAAUAUCUUCACAAUUUAAGACGCGCUAUAAAGUAUCUAGUGCAUAACUGGUGCAUUUUUCCGGUCAAUCUGGACACACGAGAAGAAAACCAACAUACAUCUCAAAACAUUUUAUAUAUAUAUGAAAUUCUUCAUGUGCGAGAAGAAGUAAAAGAGUAGAAACGAACCAUAUAAAAUUCACGAGUUAUGCAAAUUUGUAUUAUCGCAUUGAAAUACAAGUGAGACUUGCUAAAAAUCAAUUGAAAUCUUACGUUUAUUUUUUUUUUUUUAUAAAUUAUUUCUUUGAGACCUUUUGCUUUGUCUUAUUGAACGCGGAGGAGGUUUUGCCAAUCUUGUGCCCAGUCGCAUGGUUUUUUUUAUUUCUUCUUUUUCUGUGACUUUCAAUUCAACCUGUCCCCUUCGGAAACAUACAGCAUCAUAAGAACACUGCAGUUUGCAAAGCAACAGUGCAAAAAUUAUCGGACUGUUAACAACAACUUGCUAAACCAACUCAAGAGACAGAAGGAGUGAGAUCAGUAAGGCUUUGGACAAGACCCCAGGAAAUAAUAGUGCCAAAAUUAUAUCUUCGACAAUUAUCAAAAUGUGGGCCUUAAGGGCCAGUGUUCUCAUUGGAUUCCUCACACUAGUAUCAGGGGCUGGUCCAGUUCGUCCAGGAACAGGAAAUCCAUCACCCCGUCUCCCCAGAACGAGUGCAAGUCAACUUCUUCAUGCCAAUUCCACAGGAUUUAAAGCACCGCCUUCGGCCAAGAAUCACACAAACCAUGGAAGGCCAACACUGAGAACAAGGGAACAGCAACUUCUCAACGUGUUUGAAGUUGUGGUGUCAACACUCGAGGGAAAAUUGCAACGAAUCGACAAUCUGGACAAAGCGGUUGAACAUCUAAUGAGACGAGUUGAAGCUCUCGAUAGUCGUGUUGCAGACAACAUUCACAAGAAUGACGUUGUCAUUUCGAAAUUACUCUCACUGGACAAUCGAUUGGCCUUUGACAUGAAAUCAACCGAUACCCCUCCCGCCAAAGGAAGCUCACUGGACACACGUCUUGUGCUGCUAGAUCAGAAACUCCUCGAGAUCGACAGUAAAUUGGAAGUACUGAAAAAUCAAAUAGAUUCAAAUUUCCUCCCAGUCGACGAUAUCAAUGCCGAAGCGAGUGAAAAGAAGCCCAUAAGUAUGAAUGUUAUUGAAAUAACAAAGUCCAUGAAUGCCGAAGUUAUUCAGCACGUCUCGAAGGAAUUGGACCAAUUGCGAACCUCAACUGAAUCAAUUGACAAGAAAUUGCAAUUCCACAUUAAUAUUGCCUCAGAGAAUUUAGGUAAAAUGCUGAAACAAAUCAAUGAUAUACACGAAGCUGUCGUAGAUCAGCAAGAACUUCCAAUGCCAAUCUUUAACACAACAACAACAACACCACCUCCACCUCUUAUAAAAUCCAGCAAAAUUGACGUUCUCGUGCGCCAAAUGCGUCCAAUAAUGACAGUAUCCGAGAAGAUGGACGAGGUAUGGGAUGUUGUUGUUGGUACAAAAAGUUCAGUAGAUGAUCUUGUGCCAAAAUCUGAUGCCCUCCUCACCAAUACCCAACGUCAGGAGCGUGCCAUAGGUGAAAUUCAUCAGGAUUUGCGAGCUAAGACAAAUUUAAUUAUCGAAAAUCUCGAUAUGGUUGAGAAACGAUUAAAAAAGCAAGAAGAUGAUGUUGCUGUGUUGGCACAGAGACCCGUUCCAGCUGAACUUCUCAUGGAUCCAACAAUUGAUCGCCUCGUCGAAUACGAUCCUAAUCGGUAUUCGGUCGUUGAAGACUUCACAGAAGCUUUACCAACAACAACAUAUCCUUCAGCGAGUACAUCAACAACAGCACGUACAACGACAACAUCAACAACAACACAGAGCUCAUCUAGCAUAACAGUCAACACGGCGAACUCUGUAUCAAACUCAUCGACCACCUCCAAGCCACUGUCACGAAAAGGUGGAAUAAUAUUCCCAAGUGUUAAGAACAAACCUUCUGUUGUAACCACCUUUACUACCGAUAUCUUAAGCUUUAAGGAUGUCAAGGGUUUCUCAUGCGUGGACCUACUUAAUGCUGGAAUGCGACAAUCUGGAGUUUAUUAUUUGCAAAUUCGAGGUACAACAUAUUGGUUCCUCAAAGUAUUCUGCGAACAAGAGAUCGGAGAUGGUGGAUGGACGGUAAUUCAGAGACGUGAUGACUUUGGUGAGCCACGAGAAAACUUCAAUCGCGAUUGGGCAGACUAUAAGAAUGGCUUUGGAGAUCCAUCAAAGGAAUUCUGGUUGGGCAAUGAAAAUAUCUACAUGCUGACAAACAAUGAAGAUUAUGCUCUGCGUGUAGAAUUGGAGGACUUUGAGGGAAACAAGAGGUACGCGCAAUAUUCACACUUCAAGAUUCACUCAGAAGCAGAUUACUACAAACUGGAGAUUGAUGGAUACGAAGGCAAUGCUGGUGAUUCACUAAACGAUCCAUGGUACGGAUCCAAUAAUAGUCCAUUCUCCACAUACAAUCGUGACAAUGAUAGAAGUUCCCUGAACUGCGCAAGUAUGCUCAAGGGUGGUUGGUGGUGGAAGUCCUGUGGUCGAGGCCUCAAUGGACUCUACCUCCAUGAUCCACAGGACCUGACAGCACGACAAGGAAUCGUAUGGUUCCGCUGGCGCGGAUGGGAUUAUACCCUCAAGAAGGCCACAAUGAUGAUAAGGCCAAGGCCUCAGCUCACGACGUCAUAAGGGAUGGAUGAGUUGUUUAGGUGAACAAAAUAAACACAAAAAGAAAGUAACUAAUUUAAAAAAAAAAAGAAGGAAAAGCAAAAAUCUUCUCCAACUUUAUGUGCAAAAUUCCUUUCGAAUCGCGACUCUUCCAUUGACUAUCCUUCCACUUCCUUGACAUUCUCUGGACCACCAAACGAAAUAGCCAGAGAAGUGGACACAGAAGGGAGUGGAUUGGAUGGAGGAAGAGAUAGAAAUUUAGUUGAUAUUCAAAUGUUUUUUUCAGUGCAAUUGAAAGAACAAGAAAUACUCUCAAAUUACGAAUAACUAGAAUUUUUCUCUCGUUCUUUUGAGAGAGAAAAACAAAAAAAAAAAUUAGGAAAAAAAGAAGAGCAAGACAAAAAAAUUCUUAAAGGGAUUCUGUGGAUUUCAGUAUUUUUUCUAAUCUUCGUUGUAAUUUUUUUAUCUUCAAAAAUUCAUCCUCUUUGUAUCUUCUUUCAAACUAAUUCGUGUGUCAUCAUCAUUCGAUUUCAUUAAGUGUUUUUUUUUUAUUUGUUUUUAAUAAAUUAUUUACUCAUGUUGACCAUUUUAUUAUUCAUUUUUUUUUCAUUAAAACAAAUCACGACCGCAAAAAAAACUAAAUGCAUUAUUGCCCCCUUUGUCUAUUGUAGAAACUUUUAAAAUUUUAGAGAUAUUUUAUCAUCCCAGUUGUAUAGAGAGAAGAGAUUGAGAUGGAAAAGGAAGAAGGUUGAAUUGUAAAGCCCAAGAACAACAAAAUAGAAUUAUAAAUUAAAACAAAAAUUGUUGACAAAUUUGAAGGAAAUAAAAACUUGCCGAUUAUUGUAACCAAUUUUAAGGAUAGCUUAUAAAAUUAUACUAUGUAAAUAUCGUUGUAUGAAGUAGUUGUAAAUGUCUAUUUUGUAUGAAAAUGUAGUUAAAACAAAUCAUUAUAAAUAAAUAAGAUUUUUGAGAAAAUAAGAAAAAAAA